AUGGUUAAACUCGUCCAUUCAACUGUAUGGCUUGCUGCGGCUAUUGGCAUGGCCGACCAUGUCAAUGGUCAAGCCUGUGGUGCUCCUGGCGCUGCUGUCCAAUCUUUAAUUAGUGAAAUCAGUUCGAUUUCUUCAGCUGCUUCUUCAGUGAAUUCGCAAGUUCAAUCGUUCUCAAAUAAUAAUAAUAUUAAUGGCGCAUUGAGUAUUCAAAAUGGUGCAUCAUCGUUGCAAGUUUACUUGAGUUCUGCAACUAAAAUUGCGAGUGCCAUUCCAUCUCCUGCUUCAUCAUGUGAUAGUUUGGCUGUCGCAAGUGCGUUAGAUAAAGCGUCUGGACCAAUUGCUAGUCUGCUGCAAUCCCUAAACUCAAAAUAUUCCACAUUUACUAGUGGACUUGUUGGUACUGUCGGUCCCGGCCUUGUUUCGGGUGAUAUUGUUAGCUUACAAGCCCUUGCUGUAAAUUUGGAGUCCCAAGCUUAUAGUAAAUUUGAUUGCGCUGCUCUCCCUGAUGUUGUCAAUGAUUUCUCUCAGAUCAAUGCCGGGUUUGUAGCUGCUGCUAGCACGUAUAAGGUGUCUCUCUCUGCCAGUCCAGCUGUGCCUGCCAACAAUGGUGCCUGUCCCACGUCUAGUAGUAUAACUUUGGUAUCUACAAAUCCUGUAACAACUGCCCCUCCUGCUUCUUUAAGUGCGACUGAAACGAUCUGCUCAGGCACUGCUACUAUUACAACCGUUGUACCUUGUACUGCCACGGGAGUAGUUCUUAAUUUCGUCAACACUAUAAAUAGCAUUGGUCAACUUGUUAGCAGUGGUGAUUAUGCCGAAGCUUCUACCGCUCUUACUAAUGCUCUUCAAACUUUCCAAAGUUUUGGUGAUCUAUCUCCUUGUGAUGAAAUCUCACUUCAACAAGCUGUUAGCUCGUUGAUCAACGGUUUUAUCAGCGACCUAUCCAAUUUCCUUACUGAGGGACUGUCAGCAUCUGACCUUAACGCCUUAGUUCUGUUCUAUGAUGCUAUGGAAACUCUAGUCACUGAGAUUGGAUUUCCGUGUGUCGUCAGCAACUCUUUAUUGGCUCUUCUUGAAACGGGUGCAAGUGUACUUAAUACCCUCAUCACACUUUAUAACACCACCGUUGGUCUGCUUCUGGGUCAUAUCACCACUGUACAAAAUCCUUCAACUUCAGCUUGCGCAGCUCCAACCACCAAGGCGUUGGUAUGUACGGCCACCACAACAUCUUCGUCAUUGCUUACUAGUUCUACAAUCGCAACUUCAUCUACUACUUCUCGAGUAGUUUCUUCUCCAGCUGUCUCAUUGGUUACUAGUUCUACAAUCGCAGCUUCAUCUACUACUUCUCGAGUAGUUUCUUCUCCCGCUGUCUCAUUGGCUCCUACUACCUCACCAGCUGCUCCGUCUCUGAGUUUUACUGAAACUGUGUGCUCAGGUACUGCCACUGUAACUACGGUUGUGCCUUGUACGGCAACUGGUGCAGUUCUCAAUUUCGUCAACAGCAUCAAUAGUAUUGGUCAACUUAUCAGUGGUGGCGACUACGCUGAUGCUUCCACGGCUCUUACCAAUGCUCUUCAAACAUUCGAAAGUAUUGGUGAUUUGUCACCUUGUGAUGAGAUUACCCUAGAGCAGGCUGUCUCGUCUCUCAUUAAUGGUUUUAUCAGUGACCUGUCUAAUUUCCUUACCGAAGGACUUUCAGCAUCCGAUCUUAACGCUCUGGUUCUGUUUUAUGAUGCUAUGGAGACAUUAGUCACUGAAAUUGGAUUUUCUUGUCGUGUCAGUAACACUCUUUUGGGUCUUCUUGAAACUGGUGCGGGAGUUCUUAAUACCCUGAUCACUCUUUAUGACUCCACUGCCGGUCUUCUUUUGGGCCAUAUUACCACAGUACAGAACCCUUCAACUUCGGCAUGCGCUCCUGUUUCAACCAACAGCUUAGUCUGUACAGUCACCUCAACGCCCACUCCAUCGCUUAGUGCCACUGAGACCAUAUGUUCAGGAACAGCUAUUAUCACUACUGUUGUGCCUUGUUCUGCUACUGGUGUUGUCCUUAAUUUUGUCAACAGCAUCAACAGCAUUGGUCAACUUAUUAGCGGUGGAGAAUAUGAAGAGGCCUCCACCGCACUUACGAACUCGCUCCAAACUUUUGAGAGUUUUGGCGACCUCUCUCCUUGUGAUGAGAUUACUCUGGAGCAGGCUAUUAGUUCUUUGAUUAACGGUUUUAUCAGCGACUUGUCCAACUUCCUUUCUGAAGGGCUUUCAGCAUCCGAUCUUAACGCUUUAGUUCUGUUCUAUGAUGCCAUGGAGACUCUGGUAAAUGAAGUUGGACUUCCUUGUCCUGACAGUAACAUACUUUUGGGGCUUCUUGAGACAGGCGCAGGAAUUUUGAAUGAUUUGAUUGCCUUGUACGACACCACUGCUGGUAUUCUGUUAGGAACGAUUACACUUGUUCAAAACCCAUCGAGUUCGGUUUGUGGACCGGCUACAACUAAGCCUCUUGUUUGUACAUCGUCUGCUUCGUCAUCUGCGUCUUCUUCUGUUCCAUCAUCAGCUGCCUCUUCUUCAGCUGCUGCUUCGUCAUCCGCUGCCUCUUCUUCAGCUGCUGCUUCGUCAUCCGCUGCCUCUUCUUCAGCUGCUGCUUCGUCAUCCGCUGCCUCUUCUUCAGCUGCUGCUUCGUCAUCCGCCUCUUCUUCGGCUGUCGCUUCGUCAUCAGCUGCUUCUUCGGUCGCUUCUUCAGCUGCUGCUUCAUCGGUAGCUGCUUCAUCGGUAGCUGCUUCAUCAGCUGCCGCUUCGUCAGCUGCUGCUUCAUCGGCCGCUGCUUCUUCGCCUGCUGCUUCAUCGGCCGCUGCUUCUUCGCCUGCUGCUUCUUCAGCUGCCGCUUCGUCAGCUGCUGCUUCAUCGGCCGCUGCUUCUUCGCCAGCUGCUUCAUCGGUCGCUGCUUCUUCAGCUGCCGCUUCGUCAGCUGCUGCUUCUUCGCCUGCUGCUUCUUCAGCUGCCGCUUCGUCAGCUGCUGCUUCUUCGCCUGCUGCUUCUUCAGCUGCCGCUUCGUCAGCUGCUGCUUCUUCGCCUGCUGCUUCUUCAGCUGCCGCUUCGUCAGCUGCUGCUUCAUCGGCCGCUGCUUCUUCGCCUGCUGCUUCAUCGGCCGCUGCUUCUUCGCCUGCUGCUUCUUCAGCUGCUGCUUCAUCGGCCGUUGCUUCUUUGCCAGCUGCUUCUUCAGCUGCUGCUUCAUCGGCCGCUGCUUCUUCGCCAGCUGCUUCUUCAGCUGCUGCUUCAUCGGCCGCUGCUUCUUCGCCAGCUGCUUCUUCAGCUGCUGCUUCAUCGGCCGCUGCUUCUUCGCCAGCUGCUUCUUCAGCUGCUGCUUCAUCGGUCGCUGCUUCUUCGCCAGCUGCUGCUUCAUCGGUCGCUGCUUCUUCGCCAGCUGCUUCUUCAGCUGCUGCUUCGUCACCAGCUGCUUCUACGUCACCUAUUCAACCAACAACCUCUCCCGUUGGCACCGCUUCGGUUAGUAUCACUCAAACGGUCUGUUCAGGGACCGCUACCGUCACCACUGUUAUUCCAUGUACUGCUACUGGUCCCUUGCUCAAUUUUGUCAAUACUAUCAAUAGUAUUGGUCAGCUUAUCAGCGGUGGUGACUAUGAGGAAGCCUCUACAGCUCUCACAAAUGCUCUCAAGACAUUCGAGAGCCUUGGAGACUUAUCGCCUUGUGACGAGAUCUCCUUGGAGCAAGCAAUUGCAUCGUUGGUUAAUGGAUUCAUCAGUGACCUUUCGAACUUCCUUACUGAGGGAUUGUCUGCUUCUGAUCUUGAUGCUUUAGUGUUGUUCUAUGACGCCAUGGAGACAUUGAUCAGUGAGGUCCAUCUUCCUUGUAUCAUUAGCAACCCAUUGCUUGCUCUUCUCGAGACUGGUGCUGGAGUUCUAAACACUCUAAUCAUCCUGUAUGACACCACGUUUGGCUUCUUGUUUGGUCGGAUCACUACUGUUCAGAACCCUACCACCUCUGUCUGUGGUGGCGGUGCCGUAUCUACGACGCGUCUUAUUUGUACGCUGCCAUCAUCAUCUUCUUUGAGUGUUUCGUCCGCUGCAGCCAUCACUUCAGCUAAGAGUAGCUCUUUAGUCACUUCAGGAGCUUCGAGUGCUGCUUCUUCUGGCGCUAGUGUUAUUUCCUCAGGUGCUGCUUCAUCUGGUGCUAGCGGUGCUUCAUCAGGCGCUGCUUCUUCUGGUGCCAGCGGUGCUUCAUCAGGCGCUGCUUCCUCGAGUGCCUCUGGAUCUACCCCUUCGGGUGCUGCUUCUUCAGGUGCUAGCGGUGCUUCCUCGGGUGCCUCUGGAUCUGCCACUUCGGGUGCUGCUUCUUCAGGUGCUAGCGGUGCUUCCUCGGGUGCCUCUGGAUCUCCCACUUCGGGUGCUGCUUCAUCUGGUGCUAGCGGUGCUUCCUCGGGUGCCUCUGGAUCUGCCACUUCAGGUGCUGCUUCUUCAGGUGCUUCCUCGGGUGCUGCUUCUUCUGGUGCUGCCUCAUCAGGUGCUAGCGGUGCUUCCUCGGGUGCCUCUGGAUCUGCCACUUCGGGUGCUGCUUCUUCAGGUGCUAGCGGUUCUUCCUCGGGUGCCUCUGGAUCUCCCACUUCGGGUGCUGCUUCAUCUAGUGCUAGCGGUGCUUCCUCGGGUGCCUCUGGAUCUGCCUCAGGUGCUGCUUCUUCAGGUGCUAGCGGUGCUUCCUCGGGUGCUGCUUCUUCCGGUGCUGCUUCAUCAGGUGCUAGCGGUGCUUCCUCGGGUGCCUCUGGAUCUGCCACUUCGGGUGCUGCUUCUUCAGGUGCUAGCGGAAUUUCCUCGGGUGCCUCUGGAUCUGCCACUUCGGGUGCUGCUUCAUCUGGUGCUAGCGGUGCUUCCUCGGGUGCCUCUGGAUCUCCCACUUCGGGUGCUGCUUCAUCUGGUGCUAGCGGCGCUUCCUCGGGUGCUUCUGGAUCUCCCACUUCGGGUUCUGCUUCUUCUGGAGCUAGCAGUGCUUCAUCCGGUGUUUCUGGAUCCCCUACUUCAGGUGCUGCUUCUUCUGGUGCCGGUGGUGCUUCCUCGGGUGCUUCUGGAUCUCCAACUUCUGGCGCUGCUUCAUCUGCUGCUAUUUCGAGUGCAAUUUCAUCUGCUGUCUCGGAUAUCUGUGCUCCUGCUACAACCAAACCUCCUGCUACUUCUUGUGGAGCACCUACUGGAGCUGUUUCACAGCUUAUCAGUGCUUUCGCUGCUCUUCAAUCUGACUCUGGUGUUACUGACGGUCAAGUGGUUGGAUUCCAACAAUCGCAAGGUAUCGUCGGUGCAUUGGGCAUUCAAGAGAGUGAGCCUAAUAUUCAGACUGACAUUGAUAAUGCUGUCUCUGCUGCUCAACAGCUCACUGGACCAUUCGCUGCUUGCGACGUUCAAAGUGUUGUUGAUGCUGCUGGUUCGGUUACCCCAGCCGUUGUUCAACUUCUUCAAGAUCUCAGUAGCAAGGCCUCUGCCAUCUCUGGAGUUGGUGCUGCUCAAAUUGUUCAGAAUGAUUUGUCACAAUUGUACAGUAGUUUUGUUGAGUUAGAGAGUGCUGCUUACUCCAAGUUUGACUGUGAUACUAUUCAAGAGGUUUCUGGUGACUUCAAUGCCAUUGGAGCCGGAUUCUCGUCUGCUUUCAGUGCUUAUAGUACAUCGGCACCUUCACCUCAAGCCACAGUUCCUGCAUCGUGUGCUGCUCAAGCUGCCUUAGCCAAGAGAUCAGCGUCGUUAUGUUCGGCAUCGGCUUCUAGCUCGUUGUCUUCGGCUGCUGCUUCUUCUAGCGCUUCUGCUUCUGCUUCUGCUUCUGGCACAUCAGGUGCCAGCUCUAUUGCCAGCGAAACGUCUUCAGGUGCCUCUGGCUCAGCUACUUCUGGCUCAGUUUCAUCUGGGGCUGCCUCGUCUGUUGCUGCUUCAUCUGGUGUUAGUGGUGCCAUCUCCGGUGCUUCUGGAUCUGCCACCUCUGGUGCCUCUGGCUCAGCUACUUCUGGUGCUACUUCCUCGGGUGCUUCUGGCUCAGUUUCAUCUGGAGCUGCCUCGACUGUUGCUGCUUCAUCUGGUGUUAGUGGUGCCAUCUCCGGUGCUUCUGGAUCUGCCACCUCUGGUGUCUCUGGCUCAGCUACUUCUGGUGCAGCCUCUUCUGGCUCAGCUGGUGUGUCUGCUCCCACUAGCGCCCCCGUUGGAACCGCUUCCGUCAGUGUUACGGAGACAGUCUGUUCAGGAACCGCUACCGUCACCACUGUUAUUCCAUGUACUGCUACUGGUGUCGUGCUCAAUUUUGUCAAUACUAUCAAUAGUAUUGGUCAGCUUAUUAGCGACUUAUCGCCUUGUGACGAGAUCUCCUUGGAGCAAGCAAUUGCGUCGUUGGUUAAUGGAUUCAUCAGUGACCUUUCGAACUUCCUUACUGAGGGAUUGUCUGCUUCUGAUCUUAAUGCUUUAGUGUUGUUCUAUGACGCCAUGGAGACAUUGAUCAGCGAAGUCCAUCUUCCUUGUAUCGUUACCAACCAAUUGCUUGCUCUUCUCGAGACUGGUGCUGGAGUUCUAAACACUCUAAUCACCCUGUAUGACACCACGUUUGGCUUCUUGUUUGGUCGAAUCACUACUGUUCAGAACCCUACCAGCUCUGUUUGCGCUCCCGUAUCUACGACACCUCUUGUUUGUACAGCAUCUGCUACUUCUUCCUUGGUUUCGUCAGCUGCAGCUGUCACUUCAGCUCAAAGUAGUUCUCUCAUCACUUCGGGUGUUUCAUCUGGAUCCAGUUCAUCAGUUGCUAUAUCUUCAGGUGCAGCCUCCUCUGGUGCUGCAAGUUCUGCCACUUCGGGCGCUGCUUCUUCCGGUGCUGCUUCGUCUGGCGCUGCUUCAUCUGGUGCCAACGGUGCUUCCUCGGGUGCUUCUGGAUCUCCCACUUCGGGUGCUGCUUCAUCUGCUACUAGCGGUGCUUCAUCCGUUGCUUCUGGAUCUGCCACAUCUGGCGCUGUCUCUUCUGGAGUUGCUACUUCAGGUGCUGCUUCUUCUGGUGCCGUUUCGUCUGGUGCUGUCUCGUCUGGAUCUCCCACUUCCGGUUCAGCUUCUUCCGGUGCUUCUGGCUCUGUAACUUCUGGUGCCGCUUCUUCUGGUGCUAGUGGUAUUUCCUCAGGUUCUUCUGGCUCAGUUACUUCUGGUGCCGCUUCUUCAGGUGCUAGUGGUGUUUCCUCAGGUGCUGCCUCUUCUGGUGCUUCUGGCUCAGCUACUUCUGGCGCUGCUUCUUCUGGUGCUUCUGGCUCAGCUACUUCUGGCGCCGCUUCUUCAGGUGCUAGUGGUGUUUCCUCAGGUGCUGCUUCAUCUGGUGCUUCUGGCUCAGCUACUUCUGGCGCCGCUUCUUCUGGUGCUAGUGGUGUUUCCUCAGGUGCUGCUUCAUCUGGUGCUUCUGGCUCAGCUACUUCUGGCGCCGCUUCUUCUGGUGCUAGUGGUGUUUCCUCAGGUGCUGCUUCAUCUGGUGCUUCUGGCUCAGCUACUUCUGGUGCCGCUUCUUCUGGUGCUAGUGGUAUUUCCUCAGGUGCUGCCUCUUCUGGUGCUUCUGGCUCAGCUACUUCAGGUGCUGCUUCUUCUGGAGCUGCGUCGUCCGGUGCUAGCGGUGCUUCAUCUGGCGCUUCUGGAUCCGCUUCAUCUGGCGCUUCUGGUGCCGCUUCUUCUGGUGCUUCUGGUCCUGCCACAUCUGUUCCUUCAACUGGCUCGGGCUCUGCUACAGGUUCUGCCUCUUCCGGCGGUGUGGCUCCCCACUCCGGUGGUGUUACAUCUGGAGCUGCUUCGUCCGGUGCUAGCGGUGUUUCAUCCGGCGCUUCUGGAUCGCCCACUUCGGGUGCUGCUUCUUCAGGUGCUUCUGGCUCUGCCACAUCUGGCGCUUCCUCUUCUGGAUCUACGUCAUCUGGUGCUACUGGUGCUUCAUCAGCUGCUUCUGGUGCUGCCUCUUCUGAAGCUGCUUCGUCUGGUGCCGUCACUUCCGGUAUUGCUUCGUCGGCUACCAGCGGUGUCACUUCGGGUGCCUCUGAACCCGCUAGUUCCGCUGCUGCUUCAUCUGCUGCAAUCUCGAGUGCAAUUUCAUCUGCUGUCUCGGAUAUCUGUGCCCCUGCUACAACCAAACCUCCUGCUACUUCUUGUGGAGCACCUACUGGAGCUGUUUCACAGCUCAUCAGUGCUUUCGCUGCUCUUCAAUCUGACUCUGGUGUUACUGACGGCCAAGUGGUUGGAUUCCAACAAUCGCAAGGUAUCGUCGGUGCAUUGGGCAUUCAAGAGAGUGAGCCUAAUAUUCAGACUGACAUUGAUAAUGCUGUCUCUGCUGCUCAACAGCUUAAUGGACCAUUCGCUGCUUGCGACGUUCAAAGUGUUGUUGAUGCUGCUGGUUCGGUUACCCCAGCCGUUGUUCAACUUCUUCAAGAUCUCAGUAGCAAGGCCUCUGCCAUUUCUGGAGUUGGUGCUGCUCAAAUUGUUCAGAAUGAUUUGUCACAAUUGUACAGUAGUUUUGUUGAGUUAGAGAGUGCUGCUUACUCCAAGUUUGACUGUGAUACUAUUCAAGAGGUUUCUGGUGACUUCAAUGCCAUUGGAGCCGGAUUCUCGUCUGCUUUCAGUGCUUAUAGUACAUCGGCACCUUCACCUCAAGCCACAGUUCCUGCAUCGUGUGCUGCUCAAGCUGCCUUAGCCAAGAGAUCAGCGUCGUUAUGUUCGGCAUCGGCUUCUAGCUCGUUGUCAUCCGCUGUUGCUUCUUCAGCUUCAUCUGUUGUUACCUCGUCUGGUGCUGCUUCGUCCGGUGCUAGCGGUGCUUCAUCCGGCGCUUCUGGUUCUCCCACAUCUGGAGCUGCCUCUUCCGGUGCUGCUUCUUCUGGUGCUUCUGGAUCUGCCACUUCAGGUGCUGUUUCUUCAGGUGCUAGCGGUGCUUCCUCGGGUGCUGCUUCUUCCGGUGCUGUUUCGUCUGGCGCUGCUUCAUCGGGUGCUAGCGGUGUUUCGUCAGGUGCUUCUGGAUCUCCCACUUCGGGUGCUGCUUCUUCUGGUGCUGCCUCAUCAGGUGCUAGCGGUGCUUCCUCCGGUGCUUCUGGAUCUGCCACUUCGGGUGCUGCUUCUUCUGGUGCUAUCUCGUCUGGAUCUCCCACUUCCGGUGCAGCUUCUUCUGGUGCUUCUGGCUCUGUAACUUCUGGUGCCGCUUCUUCUGGUGCUAGUGGUAUUUCCUCGGGUGCUGCUUCUUCUGGUGCUUCUGGUGCCGUUUCUUCUGUUGCUGUCUCGUCUGGAUCUCCCACUUCUGGUUCAGCUUCUUCUGGUGCUUCUGGCUCAGCUACUUCGGGUGCUGCUUCUGGUGCUUCUGGCUCAGUUACUUCUGGUGCCGCUUCUUCAGGUGCUGCCUCUUCUGGUGUUUCUGGCUCAGCUACUUCUGGCGCCGCUUCUUCUGGUGCUUCUGGCUCAGCUACUUCUGGUGCCGCUUCUUCUGGUGCUAGUGGUAUUUCCUCGGGUGCUGCUUCUUCUGGUGCUUCUGGCUCAGCUACUUCUGGUGCCGCUUCUUCUGGUGCUAGUGGUAUUUCCUCGGGUGCUGCUUCUUCUGGUGCUUCUGGCUCAGCUACUUCUGGUGCCGCGUCUUCUGGUGCUAGUGGUAUUUCCUCAGGAGCUGCCUCUUCUGGUGCUUCUGGCUCAGCUACUUCUGGUGCCGCUUCUUCUGGUGUUAGUGGUAUUUCCUCAGGUGCUGCCUCUUCUGGUGCUAGUGGUAUUUCCUCAGGUGCUGCCUCUUCUGGUGCUUCUGGCUCAGCUACUUCUGGUGCCGCUUCUUCUGGUGUUAGUGGUAUUUCCUCAGGUGCUGCCUCUUCUGGUGCUUCUGGCUCAGCUACUUCUGGUGCCGCGUCUUCUGGUGCUAGUGGUAUUUCUUCAGGUGCUGCCUCUUCUGGUGCUUCUGGCUCAGCUGGUGUGUCUGCUCCCACUAGCGCCCCCGUUGGCACCGCUUCGGUUAGUGUCACUCAAACGGUCUGUUCAGGAACCGCUAGCGUCACCACUGUUGUUCCAUGUACUGCUACUGGUCCCUUGCUCAAUUUUGUCAAUACUAUCAAUAGUAUUGGCCAGCUUAUCAGCGGUGGUGACUAUGAGGAAGCCUCUACAGCUCUCACCAAUGCUAUCAAGACAUUCGAGAGCCUUGGAGACUUAUCGCCUUGUGACGAGAUCUCCUUGGAGCAAGCAAUUGCGUCGUUGGUUAAUGGAUUCAUCAGUGACCUUUCAAACUUCCUUACUGAGGGAUUGUCUGCUUCUGAUCUUAAUGCUUUAGUGUUGUUCUACGACGCCAUGGAGACAUUGAUCAGUGAGGCCCAUCUUCCUUGUAUCAUUAGCAACCCAUUGCUUGCUCUUCUCGAGACUGGUGCUGGAGUUCUAAAUACUCUGAUCACCCUGUAUGACAGCACGUUUGGCUUCUUGUUUGGUCGAAUCACUACUGUUCAGAACCCUACCAGUUCUGUUUGCGCUCCCGUAUCUACGACACCUCUUGUUUGUACAGCAUCUGCUACUUCUUCCUUGGUUUCGUCAGCUGCAGCUGUCACUUCAGCUCAAAGUAGUUCUCUCAUCACUUCGGGUGUUUCAUCUGGCCCCAGUUCGUCAGUCGCUCUAUCUUCAGGUGCAGCCUCCUCCGGUGCUUCUGGUUCUGCAACUUCAGCUGCCUCUGGUGCCGCUUCUUCUGGUGCUACUUCAUCUGGUGCUAGCGGUGCUUCCUCGGGUUCCUCUGGAUCUCCCACUUCGGGUGCUGUUUCGUCUGGCGCUGCUUCAUCAGGUGCUAGCGGUGCUUCCUCGGGUGCUUCUGGCUCAGCUACUUCUGGUGCCGCUUCUUCUGGUGCUAGUGGUAUUUCCUCAGGUGCUGCCUCUUCUGGUGCUUCUGGCUCAGCUACUUCUGGUGCCGCUUCUUCUGGUGCUAGUGGUGUUUCCUCAGGUGCUGCCUCUUCUGGUGCUUCUGGCUCAGCUACAUCUGGCGCCGCUUCUUCUGGUGCUUCUGGCUCAGCUACUUCUGGCGCCGCUUCUUCUGGUGCUUCUGGCUCAGCUACAUCUGGCGCCGCUUCUUCUGGCGCUUCUUCCGGUGCUGUUUCGUCUGGCGCUGCUUCAUCAGGUGCUAGCGGUGCUUCCUCGGGUGCUUCUGGCUCAGCUACUUCUGGUGCCGCUUCUUCUGGUGCUAGUGGUAUUUCCUCAGGUGCUGCCUCUUCUGGUGCUUCUGGUUCAGCUACUUCUGGUGCCGCUUCUUCUGGUGCUAGUGGUAUUUCCUCGGGUGCUGCUUCUUCUGGUGCUUCUGGCUCAGCUACUUCUGGCGCCGCUUCUUCUGGUGCUAGUGGUGUUUCCUCAGGUGUUGCCUCUUCUGGUGCUUCUGGCUCAGUUACUUCUGGUGCCGCUUCUUCUGGUGCUAGUGGUGUUUCCUCAGGAGCUGCCUCUUCUGGUGCUUCUGGCUCAGCUACUUCUGGUGCCGCUUCUUCUGGUGCUAGUGGUAUUUCCUCAGGUGCUGCUUCUUCAGGUGCUUCUGUCUCAGCUACUUCUGCUGCCGCUUCAUCUGGUUCUAGUGGUGCUUCGUCUGGUGCUUCUGGUUCUGCCACUUCUGGUGCCGCUUCUUCUGGUGCUUCUGGUCCUGCCACAUCUGGUCUUUCAACUGGCUCGAGCUCUGCUACAGGUUCUGCCUCUUCCGGCGGUGUGGCUCCCCACUCCGGUGGUGUUACGUCUGGAGCUGCUUCGUCCGGUGCUAGCGGUACUUCAUCCGGCGCUUCUGGAUCGCCCACAUCUGGAGCUGGUUCUUCAGGUGCUUCUGGCUCUGCCACAUCUGGUGCUUCCUCUUCUGGAUCUACUGGUGCCACAUCUGGUGCUGCCUCUUCUGAAGCUGCUUCGUCUGGUGCCGCCACUUCCGGUAUUGCUUCAUCGGCUACCAGCGGUGUCACUUCGGGUGCCUCUGAAUCCGCUAGUUCCGCUGCUGCAUCAUCUGCUGCUAUCUCGAGUGCAAUUUCCUCUGCUGUCUCGGAUAUCUGUGCCCCUGCUACAACCAAACCUCCUGCUACUUCUUGCGGAGCACCUACUGGAGCUGUUUCACAGCUCAUCAGUGCUUUCGCUGCUCUCCAAUCUGACUCUGGUGUUACUGACGGUCAAGUGGUUGCAUUCCAACAAUCGCAAGGUAUCAUCGGUGCAUUGGGCAUUCAAGAGAGUGAGCCUAAUAUUCAGACUGACAUUGAUAAUGCUGUCUCUGCUGCUCAACAGCUCACUGGACCAUUUGCUGCUUGUGACAUUCAAAGUGUUGUUGAUGCUGCUGGAUCGGUUACCCCAGCCGUUGUUCAACUUCUUCAAGAUCUCAGUAGCAAGGCCUCUGCCAUCUCUGGAGUUGGUGCUGCUCAAAUUGUUCAGAAUGAUUUGUCACAAUUGUACGGUAGUUUUGUUGAGUUAGAGAGUGCUGCUUACUCCAAGUUUGACUGUGAUACUAUUCAAGAGGUUUCUGGUGACUUCAAUGCCAUUGGAGCCGGAUUCUCGUCUGCUUUCAGUGCUUAUAGUACAUCGGCACCUUCACCUCAAGCCACAGUUCCCGCAUCGUGUGCUGCUCAAGCUGCCUUAGCCAAGAGAUCAGCGUCGUUAUGUUCGGCAUCAGCCUCUAGCUCGUUGUCAUCCGCUGUUGCUUCUUCAGCUUCAUCUGUUGUUACCUCGUCUGGUGCUGCUUCGUCCGCUACUAACGGUGCUUCAUCCGGCGCUUCUGGAUCGCCUACAUCUGGUGCUGGUUCUUCUGGUGCUUCUGGCUCUGCCACAUCUGGAGCUGCCUCUUCUGGUGCUGCUUCAUCUGGCGCUUCUGGAUCAGUCACAUCUGGUGCUGCUUCUUCUGGAGCUUCUGGUUCUGUCACUUCUGGUGCCGCUUCAUCUGGUUCUAGUGGUGCUUCGUCUGGUGCUUCUGGUGCUGCCUCUUCUGGUGCUGCUUCGUCUGCUGUUAGUGGUGCUUCUGGUUCUGUCACUUCUGGUGCUGCUUCGUCUGGCGCCUCUGGAUCUGCUACUUCAGGUGCCGCUUCUUCUGGAACUGUCUCGUCUGGAGCUGCUUCUUCUGGCUCCGGUUCUGGUGCUUCUGGAUCCGCCACAUCUGGUGCUGCUUCUUCUGGUGCCUCUGCCUCUGCUACUUCUGGUGCUGCCUCUUCUGGGCCUGCUUCGUCCGGUGCUAGCGGUGCUUCAUCUGGUGCUGCCUCUUCUGGAGCUGUUUCGUCCGGUUCUAGCGGUGCUUCCUCAGGUGCUCCUGGCUCUGCCACUUCUGGUGCUGCUUCAUCUAAUUCUGUCUCGUCUGGAGCUGCUUCUUCUGGUGCUAGUGGUGCUUCUUCUGGUGCUUCUGGAUCCGCUACGUCUGGUAUCGCUUCUUCUGGUGCUUCUGGUUCAGCUACUUCUGGCGCUGCAUCUUCUGGCGCUUCGGUAUCUGCCUCUUCAGCAUCAGCAUCAUCAGCUAUUGGUUCAUCGGGAUCGGUUACGUCUUUUGUCAGCUCUUCUAGACUCUUCAGCUCGGGUGCGCCAUUCACAAACUCUUCCAGUUCUGCUGCUACGUCGUCUGCUGCUUCUUCGGGAGCUUCUGGUUCUGCCACUUCUAGUACUGCUUCUGUAGCUGCCGCUUCAUCCGGUGCUUCUGGUUCUGCCACUUCUGGUGCUGCUUCAUCUGGUGCUUCCGGUUCUGCCACCUCUGGUGCCCCCUUUACUGGUGGUCUUGGCUCCUCUACUUCUGGUGCCGCUUCAUCUGGUGCUAGCGGUGCUUCAUCCGGCGCUUCUGGUUCUGCCACUUCUGGUGCCGCUUCAUCUGGUGCUUCUGGUUCCGUUACUUCUGGUGCUAGCGGUGCUUCAUCCGGCGCUUCUGGCUCUGCCACUUCUGGUGCCGCUUCUUCUGGUGUUUCUGGCUCUGCUACUUCUGGUGCUGCUUCGUCUGGUGCCUCUGGCUCCGCUACUUCUGGUGCCGCUUCAUCUGGUGCUUCUGGUUCCGUUACUUCUGGUGCUAGCGGUGCUUCAUCCGGCGCUUCUGGCUCUGCCACUUCUGGUGCCGCUUCUUCUGGUGUUUCUGGCUCUGCUACUUCUGGUGCUGCUUCGUCUGGUGCCUCUGGCUCCGCUACUUCUGGUGCCGCUUCAUCUGGUGUCUCUGGCUCUGCUACCUCUGGUGCCGCUUCGUCUGGUGCCUCUGGCGCUGCUACUUCUGGUGCUAGCGGUGCUUCAUCCGGCGCUUCUGGCUCUGCCACUUCUGGUGCCGCUUCUUCUGGUGCUUCUGGUUCUGCCACUUCUGGUGCCGCUUCAUCUGGUGCUUCUGGUUCCGUUACUUCUGGUGCUAGCGGUGCUUCAUCCGGCGCUUCUGGUUCUGCCACUUCUGGUGCCGCUUCUUCUGGUGCUUCUGGUUCUGCCACUUCUGGUGCCGCUUCAUCUGGUGCUUCUGGUUCCGUUACUUCUGGUGCUAGCGGUGCUUCAUCCGGCGCUUCUGGUUCUGCCACUUCUGGUGCCGCUUCUUCUGGUGCUUCUGGUUCUGCCACUUCUGGUGCCGCUUCAUCUGGUCCUUCUGGUUCCGUUACUUCUGGUGCUAGCGGUGCUUCAUCCGGCGCUUCUGGUUCUGCCACUUCUGGUGCCGCUUCAUCUGGUGCUUCUGGUUCCGUUACUUCUGGUGCUAGCGGUGCUUCAUCCGGCGCUUCUGGUUCUGCCACUUCUGGUGCCGCUUCAUCUGGUGCUUCUGGUUCCGUUACUUCUGGUGCUAGCGGUGCUUCAUCCGGCGCUUCUGGCUCUGCCACUUCUGGUGCCGCUUCUUCUGGUGCUUCUGGCUCUGCUACUUCUGGUGCUGCUUCGUCUGGUGCCUCUGGCUCCGCUACUUCUGGUGCCGCUUCAUCUGGUGUCUCUGGCUCUGCUACCUCUGGUGCCGCUUCGUCUGGUGCCUCUGGCUCUGCUACUUCUGGUGCUGCUUCCUCUGGUGCCUCUGGCUCCGCUACUUCUAGUGGCGUUUCAUCUGGUGCUAGUGGUGCUUCAUCCGGCGCUUCUGGCUCUCCUACAUCUGGUGCUUCUGGUUCUGCCACUUCUGGUGCUGCUUCUUCUGGCGCCUCUGGUUCUUCUGGUGCCUCUGGCUCUGUUACUUCAGGUGCAACUGCAUCGGGUGCCUCUGGAUCCGCUACUUCUGGUGCCGCUUCAUCUGGUGCUAGUGGUGCUUCAUCCGGCGCUUCUGGCUCUCCUACAUCUGGUGCUUCUGGUUCUGCCACCUCUGGUGCCGCUUCGUCUGUUACUUCUGGCGCUGCCACUUCUGGUGCUAGCGGUGCUUCUUCAGGUGCCUCUGGUUCUGCCACUUCUGGUGCCGCUUCAUCUGGUGCUUCUGGUUCCGUUACUUCUGGAGCUAGCGGUGCUUCAUCCGGCGCUUCUGGCUCUCCUACAUCUGGUCCUUCAACUGGCUCGGGCUCUGCUACUGGUUCUGCCUCUUCCGGCGGUGUGGCUCCCCACUCCGGUGGUGUUUCUUCUACUGGCCCUACAUUGGUCUGUAGAGACUGUUCAACUUCUUCCUCUAUUGGCUCUGGUGGUGAAACCUCUGUCACCACUGGAGGAGCUGGCUCUGGCAGUACCAGUGCUGUUGCUACUACUACGGGCCCCAUCUCGGGCUCAUCUACAAAUGAAGCUUCAGGCUCGGCUUCUACCGGGGCUACUGGAGGUUCUGCUGGUUCUGCUGGUUCUGGUUCUGGUUCUGCUUCUGCUACCAACGGUGGUUCUGGUGCUGGUUCUACUUCUGCUACCAACGGUGGUUCUGGUUCUGGUUCUACUUCUGCUACCAACGGUGGUUCUGGUGCUGGCACUACAUCUGCUAACAACGGUGGCUCUGGUGCUGGCUCCACAUCUGCUACCAACGGUGGUUCUGGUGCUGGCUCUGCUUCUACUUCUGGCAGCGGCCCCGAAUUCACUACUGUUACUAGCCUCACAACAGUUACCGUGCCAUGUUCGACAUCAGCAGGAACUACCUUCUACUCUACUAUUACUGAAGAGGUCACGAAGACUAUUCCGUGCGAGACAGCAACACAAAAAGUUACAUCUCAACCAGCUUCGUUCACUACAAUCACCACUUUGACCACACACACAGUUCCAUUCUCCACUUCUGAGGGAUCUACUUUAUACAGUACUCUCACUGAGACUCUCACAGUAACUGUUCCUUGCUCUGAGGCCACUGCUGCACCUCCUUCAUCUGGUGGAACUACACCACCUGAAUCAUCUACUGGUUCUUCUGGUCCUUCUGGUUCAUCAUCAGGUUCUCCUGGAUCAGGUUCAGGGGAGACGACUCCUGGUUCAUCAUCCUCUGGAUCUUCUGGUAACUCACCUGCUGGCUCUGCUGGUUCGCCACCUUCUGGAUCUUCUGGUAACUCACCUGCUGGCUCUGCUGGCUCGCCACCUUCUGGAUCUUCUGGUAACUCACCUGCUGGCUCUGCUGGCUCGCCACCUUCUGGAUCUUCUGGUAACUCACCUGUUGUUUCUGCUGGAUCGCCUGCUGCAGGCCAACCUUCUCCCGUUACUGAGGGUCAAGGAACUACGUCACCAGCCCAAGAUACUUCUGCUGCCUCGAGGUCAUUAAGAGUACCUGGAUUUGUUUCCCUGGCUCUAGUCGCACUAGUCGUACUAGUUUAA